CAAUAAUUUACGAAUAGAAAGGGCCAGAUUGAAAAAGUAAACUUUGAAACCUAUGGCCAGCGGCAUGAUAACCGUAAUCGCUUGACCCAGAAUUAAACCACUGACUUGGUUUACGUUGUGUGCGUGCGUACGUGUGUUUUUUCUUUCUAAUACGCCGAACUGAAGGAACAUACAGUAAUCAAUAUGACUAUCUGAUAAGAACUAUAUCUAAGAAUCAUGACUGCCAGUUGAGGACACUAAAGAAGUAAGAAAUAAAACAAAAGUUGAGUAAAAAUACAAGCUGUGCGAUAGAGGAAACAAGUAUGACAAAAGUUUAUAUUUUUAAGCUACGAUGUGCAUAUAAAAGGCAGUCCGCUCCACGUUCUUCACUCAAAGGUGUCGACAGAUGCUUAUAGUUGUUACGUCUCUUGAAUGGCUACUCCGUAGCAACGACCCGAAAUACAAUGUAGGGAGGGGGAGAGAGGGGGUCCCAGCCUCCCACUUCCCGUACCACGUUUUCUCACCCCCCGUACUUUUGUACCCCUUUGCCUCCCGGCUCCAUCGAAAUACUUCCGUCUCCAGGUAAAUAGAAAUGACCAGAAACCCAGCUUUUUGACAUGUUGUGUCAAAACGUAUAAUUCUUCACCAUUCUCUAGCGUUGCAUUUAGCCGUUAUGAUAGUGCCAUUAUCGUAAAUUUUCCCGGAAUGAAAUGCUUGUAUAGUUCUCUCCUUUUUUAACUUUCUGACCGUAGUUGGAACCUCUCGAACGAGUUACCAAAUAAAGAACUGCCGAUUGCGUGACGCAACAGGUCUACUCCCAUCUUCGAACACUAAUCUCCUUCGUUAAGUUACAGAAGUGUCGUGAAAGAAACUGUUGUGCUUCAUCUGCCGGCACGUAAAACAUUGCACGGCUUAUAAAAUAUUAUGUAAAUACGCGGCCACAUUUAAUUGUGAAUAUUUCCACCCAACCGAGACGAAACUGAAAAUCAAGCUUGGCGCCUCUGGUCUCCAUUGUCAUGUAAAGGCUCUGGUUUGAAAUAAAAGGCGAGAAAUCAAAGAAAGCGAAAUUAACUGGCAAGCCUUUAGCCCUUCAUUGCUGUCUCGGUUCGUUUUGAUUUGUUUCGUUUUUCAUACUAUUCUAUAAACAGUGGGUUUGUUUCAUUACGUUACGUAAUGAAAUGAAAAAUUUCGCAACUGCAAGGAGCCUAACAAAAAAAAUUUGGCAAUUUAACUGGAUUUGAACGUGUGAUCUCGUGAUGCUGUUACGAUGCUAUAACCGAUUGAGUUUACCAUUUAUUUCUCCAGAUCUGAUUAUCAAUUCUUCUCAUUAUCUGCUUUACAUUUCCUUCCAACUCAGUAACGAGAAUUCAUUGUUCAAUCAAGAUAACAACUUCUACCUUUAUGUUUAAGGUAUUCUCAUUACAAGUUUGUAGGAUAUUGUGUGGAUAUUAUAGGGAGAAGUUACAUGUCAAUCACUUACGGGAAUUAAAGGGUUACGUAACCAAUAGUGUUAAGACCCGGUCAAAUGAAGACUUGUGUGUUCUUUUAUUGGUAAUAAAAUACAUAUACUUAAAGGGUAAAAUUUCCGCUCAGGAAAUGAGCCGUGAAAAUUACCCAGACAGUGACGUUUAUUUUUAGGUUAAAAGUUGCGUUACUUUUGUGUUCGCAUUCCUCGAGGAAGUCACACCAGGAUCAGUUCCCCCUCAAACCGAAAGUACAUCAAACUCAAAUUUCCGGAUGAUCGACAAAUGGUAAUGGAGAAAUUCUGUUAUAGACUCCUCUUCCUUUUCACAGCUAUAGUGAUUCUCACAAACGUAUACUCUUCCUCAAAUGACCAAUGCAAGCCAGUUCGGUUCCUCGAUAAUCAAGAUGCAACGGAUAAAGAAGUUGAAGAGUACGUGAAUUAUUUCGCCCGGCCCACCAUAUCUAGUCCCUUGAAGCAGUAUCUCCACAAACCGAGGACAUUGUUCGCUUUGGCCAAAGCGGCUGAAAUCGCUGUCGAGCAUUACAGCGAGAAUUCAAACAGAAUCUUCCGACUUCGACAGAUCCUCGAUUUGAAAGAGCUAGGUCAAGGCACGCACUACUGGUUUCAUGUUCUGGUUUUAGAAGGCGACAAAUUUCUUACAGAGGCCUUCUUUGAGGUUCAAAUCUCCAAUCAUUCGCAUGCAGAGGAAAACUCAAACUGGAGCAACUUAAAUUUUGGCGAAUUCACAAAGAUUCGACCGUAUGAAGAAGAAUGCGACCAACUAAGCAAACUUGCAAAUUGUACCUGCCGUCAUCACGGCAGGUGUGAUAAAGGGACAGCUCGUAUUUCGCCCUGGCUUGCAUUUGCUCUCAAAACGCAAAGAGAGAUUCAAAUCAACCAGCCUUUUGAUCAGAUUCAAAUGGUUUCCGCACACAAUGCCUUCAAUGACCGAGCCGAUGGAUAUGGUUAUGCAGACUGGUGCCCCUGGCCACCCCCCUACCAACAUCUUUGUUUGGAUUUAGCUAAUCAAGAGUUCAGUUUUACAGAUUUACUCAACAUGGGGGUGCGGGGUAUUGAAGUCGAUCCAUGGUGGUGCUUCGAAAAGAUGUUGAUGAGUCACGAUGACAAGAAGGCAUACCGGGGCUGUGCACCGUGGGACAGGGAAUUUAAGGACGGCAUAAAGGAAAUUGGCCAGUGGGUGCAUCAACCGGAAAAUUCCCAGGAAGUCAUUCGUAUCUACUUUGAAGAUGGCGCCAGUCACACCCAAGGCCAUGACCAGUUGAUCAAUGGUCCAAUAGCCGAAUAUCUGGGAGAUAAAGUACUAACACCCUCUGAGUGCAAGAAAUAUUUUCAAGGCAGGUGGCCGACCAUGAAAGAGCUGAGAGAAAUCAACAAAACUAUUGUCUUGGCUGGAUUUGGGGACGAACAUGGCGGCGAGUACAUUUUUCCCGGAUACUGGAUUGAACAGACAAAAAACUCCUUCACUGCCAGACCUAACUGUUCAGCUAUCAAUCCCGAUAAGCCCUCCAGAGUGUACUGCGACAGUACAGAAUACCUUUUCUUUUGGAACGGCCCCAAAGAAACAGGUGUAAUCCUGGACUUUUCUAGGUACAUGAAGUGUGGAGUGACCUAUCCCUCUGCAGAUCAAGUCAACCCUACCAUGCUUGCCACAGCUGUGUUCACAUGGGCUGAAGGUGAACCAUCCCAGCCCCUCACAGACACAUCCUGCGUAGUGCUGGGAGGGAGGACCGAAAGAUGGCAUCUGUGCGGCUGUCAAGAAAAUCAUCUGUUUGCUUGUCAAUCAAAUAAAAAUGCCAGCAUCUGGGCGACAAGUGUCAUGACAGGGCAUUAUGCCAAACCUGUGUGUCCUGAUGGACACUCUUUCAGUAUUCCUCAUAAUGGCCUUGAGCAUCAGCAGUUGUUAAAUGUUAUGAAAGGAAGAGAUGUGUGGGUGAACCUGACUCCAUACAUUCCCUCACUGAUAUGAUGCUCUACAAUCACACUCUUUCCAUUUUUUUUAUCUUUGAGGUG